AUGUCCAUGAGAGGUGCUUGUCUAGCAGCAACUUCCAUGAUUCUCAGUUUAGCUGCCCCAAAAUUUGGGUUCAUCAUAUUGCUCUACCAACUACAACAAGGGACCCCAUUUUGUUGGUUCAUGGAUCGUCAUUGGAUAAAUAUACCAAAUAAACUUUCAGCAGAAUAUGCUGCUGGAAUGAAUGAAUUCAUUAGUGUUGCAAGACACUCCAUGGACUCCAAUGGGAUGGUUCUAUGCCCUUGUUGUCGAUGCGUGAAUAAGAAAUCACAAUACAUGCAUGUGAUAAAGUUGCACCUGAUCACUCAUGGAUUUCUUAGUACUUACACAAGGUGGUAUCACCAUGGUGAGCAAGUAGAGGAAGUAGAAGAUGAUGGGUUAUUUGAUACCGAGGAGAAUGUCGAAGAUUCGGAUCAGAGUGAUGAUUUGGCGGCAGGUCUUCAUGAUGCUAUUGGUAGUAAGUAUUUUGACAUUGGUCCAACUAGUGACUUCAAUGAUGAAUCUCCACUUAAUGUGGAUGACAAGUAUGAUGCAUUGUUUGAGUCACUUCAUAAGCCUUUGUACAAUAAUUGUAAAGGUUUCUCUGUCUUAAGCGCGACGGUGAAGUUGAUGAAUCUCAAAGUGCUUAACAAAUGGACAGAUAAAUCAUUCGACGGUCUUUUGGAGUGUUUGAGAGAGAUAUUGCCCAAGGGUAAUCAGUGCCCAGGGAAUUAUUACCAGACGAGGAAGCUUCUUUGUGAGGUGGGCUUAGGCUAUGAGCAAAUUGAUGUUUGUCAAUACGAUUGUGCAUUGUUUUAUGGUGAGAAUGCAAAUGCAGUGUCAUGUCCUGUAUGCAAGUCUAGUCGUUAUAAUUUUAGUCAUGGCACCUGGUCGUCGCACCACUCGAUCUACUGCUCAAAGUCAACAAGUUGAACCAGUCAUUGAUCCUCCUGCUCCACCUUCACAAGUUGUUCGCACUACUCGGUCGAGUAUAGAGAAUCAACAAGUUCAACCAGUCAUUGAUCCUCUUGCUCCACCUACACAAGUUAUUCACA